AUGGGGGAAGUUCAAAAAGGCUUUGACGAAAUACUUACUUUGACAGCGGAAGAAGCUGAUGCAUUGGUGAUUGAAGAAGAAGAUGAUGGUGUAUCUCAAGAUAUCCUAGAGAGAAGCUUAGUGGCAAAGCUAUACUCACCAAAACUGGUUCACAAUAAGUCCUUUAAGAAUAGGAUGUUGGAGAUUUGGGACCCAGUUGGUGAAACGAGUAGCCUUGAAGUUAGUAACAAAGUUCAGGCUGUUUCUUCACAAUUACAGUCAAUGAAUGCAAGAAGAUUACGAGUGAAAGAAUUGUCCAGAGAAUGUUCCAAAGGAAAAGAAAUGGUACACUUGACCUCAUACUCAUUGAGUUCCCAACGAAUUUCCAGAGGGUCAGAACAAAGGGAUAGAAAUUGGGAAAACAAUGCUUUGACAGAGGCAAAGAAAAUUAGUGAGGGGAUUGUUCAACCUCCUCUAUUUCCACAAGAAGCGGAGAACCCAAUUGUCAAGCAGGAGAGAAAAAGAAAGAGAUUUAGACAAUCAGGCUGGCAAAGAGCCAAAGAGUGUGCAGGCCAAAACAAGGAGAAGCUAGAAAAGAUAACUUCCAAUAUGCUAAUUGGUGAGAAACGAAAAGGGGAACCAGUUAUGGAAGGGGAAGCUUCAAAGCACAGAAGAGUUGAUGAUGGAAAAAACACCGAGAUUGUCAUGUAUGAAUCAGUGGUGGGCUCGGAGAUGUUGGCCCACCAUGAGCAAUGA